UCUCCAACGCCAAACCCUGAGCCUUCUCCAACGCCAAACCCUGAGCCAAAGCCUGAGCCUUCUCCAACGCCAAACCUUGAGCCUUCUCCAACGCCAAACCCCGAGCCAAAGAGUGAGCCUUCUCCAACGCCAAACCCUGAGCCUUCUCCAACGCCAAAAACCGAGCCAAACCCUGAGCCUUCUCCAACGCCAAACCCUGAGCCUUCUCCAACGCCAAAGCCUGAGCCAAACCCUGAGCCUUCGCCAACGCCAAAACCUGAGCCUUCUCCAACGCCAAAGCCUGAGCCAAACCCUGAGCCUUCUCCAACGCCAAACCCUGAGCCAAACCCUGAGCCUUCUCCAAAGCCAAACCCUGAGCCAAACCCUGAGCCUUCUCCAACGCCAAACCCUGAGCCAAACCCUGAGCCUUCUCCAACGCCAAACCCUGAGCCUCCUCCAAGGCCAAACCCUGAGCCAAAGCCUGAGCCUUCUCCAACGCCAAACCCUGAGCCAAACCCUGAGCCUUCUCCAACGCCAAACCCUGAGCCUUCUCCAACGCCAAACCCUGAGCCAAACCCUGAGCCUUCUCCAACGCCAAACCCUGAGCCAAACCCUGAGCCUUCUCCAACGCCAAACCCUGAGCCAAACCCUGAGCCUUCUCCAACACCAAACCCUGAGCCUUCUCCAAGGCCAAACCCUGAGCCA